CACAAAACUGAUCCAGAAUGAACACCAUUAAAAUAUGUUCUAGCAAAAUAAGUGUACCAUAAUGAAAAUCUUUUUGAGAUACUGGAGGAAAAAUAUCCAAUAAGGAAAAGAAAUCCGGUGGACACUAGACUUUAAUAGCCAUGCUUUAAUCUAGGAGACAGUAGCAAAACAUGUAUGUUCAAGACAAUCUAGAAAAGACAAAGUGAAACAAAUGUUCUAUCUCUAAUGAAAUUGUCCUUCAAAUAUAAAAUCACAUUUGAAUAUACCAGACCUCAGGAAAUGGAUUUCUCAGGAACCCUUCUUGGGGACUCUUUGAUAGCCACUGUGAUUGUCAUAGGGACUGCUUGCUGGUACAUCAGACAUGGGGGUUCAUUAGACCCCCUAGCUUCUGUUUAGAUCUCUAAUCAUUCUGGACUCCCAUAUGUGUUUCUGGUCCAAAGACAGCUGUGAAAGAGGUUUUCGUAUUCCGCUGCGGUAGUACCAUUUGUCUUCUGCUCAGGUUGAAGCGGCUCUUUGUUGUUUGGGAUGUGAUUGUUUUGUCUCCCUGGUGAGGAAAGCCACACGGUGAUGAAGCCGUAGUUUGUGUGGCCUGUUCUUCACCCAGCAUACAAAUAAUCACAUCUUUCAAAUACCAAAAGGGGCAAGUAAUUUGUUUUCAUUGGUCUUUCUGUUUUAAACACAGGGAAAAGCCCACUCAACCUUGCUUAAUAAGAAAAAGGGCAAUUUCUUGGCUCAUAGGAUCUAAGAGUCCCUGUGGCAAAGCUUGAGUCUUGAGGGUCUUGGUGUCUUUCCACAGUAUUGCCUCCAUUCCUGCAUUUUGUCAAGAUGUCACAUGCAUCUUUGACAAGCACUGAGCUUCUAUUUAAAAAUAAAAAGAACAGUUUCUCAGUAUUUUUUUUUACAAACUCCUGAGAUAAAUAUAUAUUGGUCCAACUCAAGUCCUAUGACUAGUCCUAACCAAUUGCUCUAUCAGGGAAAUUAAAUGCCUGUGCUAUGUUCACAAAUAGACUAUGUUGUCUUUAGAACUGCCAGAUUCCCAAACAGAAGCCAGUGGCUUCUGGAAAGAGGAAAGGAAGGAAUGGCUGUGGGAAAAGCUAUCAGUGACGGAGUUUUUAAUUGAAUGCUCAGUUGAGUCCUCUGGAGAUGAUCAGACAUUGACUUGUCCAUUAUGCAGGUAUCUUCCGCAGAGGUAUGCAUCGGACCCAUGCGACUGACACAGGACCCUAUUCAGGUUUUGCUCGUCUUUGCCAAGGAAGAUAGUCAGAGUGAUGGCUUCUGGUGGGCCUGUGACAGAGCGGGAUACAGGUGCAACAUUGCCCGGACUCCAGAGUCAGCUCUUGAAUGCUUUCUGGAUAAGCACCAUGAAAUUAUCGUGAUCGAUCACAGGAAAACUCGGUACUUCGAUGCAGAAGCGGUGUGCAGGUCAAUCCGGGCCACAAACCCCUCGGAGCACACAGUGAUCUUGGCGGUGGUUUCGCACGUAUCUGAUGACUGUGAAGAGGCCUCAGUCCUUCCUCUCCUCCAUGCAGGCUUCAACCGGAGAUUUAUGGAGAAUAGCAGCAUAAUUGCUUGCUAUAAUGAACUGAUUCAAAUAGAACACGGUGAAGUUCGCUCACAGUUCAAAUUACGGGCCUGCAAUUCAGUGUUUACAGCAUUAGACCACUGUCACGAAGCCAUAGAAAUAACAAGUGAUGACCACGUGAUCCAGUAUGUCAACCCAGCCUUUGAGCGGAUGAUGGGCUACCACAAAGGGGAGCUGCUGGGGAAAGAACUUGCUGACCUGCCCAAGAGUGACAAGAACCGGGCUGACCUCCUCGACACCAUCAAUACCUGCAUCAAGAAGGGAAAGGAGUGGCAGGGGGUUUACUAUGCCAGACGGAAAUCCGGGGACAGCAUCCAACAGCACGUGAAGAUCACCCCAGUGAUUGGCCAAGGAGGGAAAAUUAGGCAUUUUGUCUCCCUCAAGAAGCUGUGCUGUACCACUGACAAUAAUAAGCAGAUCCACAGGAUUCAUCGUGAUUCCGGAGAUAACUCCCAGACAGAGCCUCAUCCGUUCCGAUUCAAGAGCCGGCGGAAAGAGUCCAUUGAUGUCAAGUCCAUAUCAUCUCGAAGCAGCGAUGCGCCAAGCCUGCAGACCCGCCGCUACCCCUCCAUGGCCAGGAUCCACUCCAUGACCAUCGAAGCCCCCAUCACGAAGGUUAUAAAUAUAAUCAAUGCUGCCCAAGAGAACAGCCCAGUCACAGUGGCAGAAGCCUUAGACAGAGUUCUAGAAAUUUUACGGACCACAGAACUGUACUCCCCCCAGCUGGGUACCAAAGAUGAAGAUCCACACACCAGCGAUCUUGUGGGAGGCCUGAUGACGGAUGGCUUGAGAAGACUGUCAGGAAAUGAAUAUGUGUUCACAAAGAAUGUGCAUCAGAGUCACAGUCACCUUGCCAUGCCGGUGACGAUCAACGACGUCCCCCCUUCCAUCGCCCAGUUACUCGAUAACGAGGAAAGCUGGGACUUCAACAUCUUUGAACUGGAGGCGGUUACACACAAACGGCCAUUAGUCUACUUGGGCUUAAAGGUCUUCUCCCGGUUUGGAGUAUGUGAAUUUUUAAACUGUACCGAAACUACUCUUCGGGCCUGGCUACAAGUGAUAGAGGCCAACUACCAUUCCUCCAAUGCCUACCACAACUCCACGCACGCCGCAGACGUCCUACACGCCACCGCCUUCUUCCUUGGGAAGGAGAGGGUGAAGGGCAGCCUCGAUCAGCUGGAUGAGGUGGCGGCCCUGAUUGCGGCCACCGUCCAUGACGUAGAUCACCCCGGGAGGACCAACUCCUUCCUGUGCAACGCUGGCAGCGAGCUCGCCGUGCUGUACAAUGACACCGCGGUCCUGGAGAGCCACCACACGGCCCUGGCCUUCCAGCUCACGGCCAAGGACACCAAGUGCAACAUCUUCAAGAAUAUCGACAGGAAUCAUUAUCGAACCCUGCGUCAGGCUAUUAUUGAUAUGGUGUUGGCAACAGAGAUGACAAAACACUUUGAACAUGUGAACAAAUUUGUGAACAGCAUCAACAAGCCAUUGGCAGCCGAGAUCGAGGGCAGGGACUGUGAGUGCAAUCCUACCAGCAAGAACUUUCCUGAAAACCAGAUCUUGAUCAAGCGCAUGAUGAUCAAGUGUGCAGACGUGGCUAACCCAUGCCGACCCUUGGAGCUGUGCAUCGAAUGGGCUGGGCGGAUCUCCGAGGAGUAUUUUGCACAGACUGAUGAAGAAAAGCGACAAGGGCUACCUGUGGUCAUGCCGGUGUUCGACCGCAAUACCUGCAGCAUCCCCAAGUCCCAGAUCUCCUUCAUCGACUACUUCAUAACGGACAUGUUCGAUGCCUGGGAUGCCUUUGCACACCUGCCAGCCCUGAUGCAGCACUUGGCGGAUAACUACAAACAUUGGAAGACGUUAGAUGAUCUCAAGUGCAAAAGUCUGAGGCUUCCAUCCGACCCCUAAAGCUGAGUGGAGGAGACUGACCUCUUCAAAGGACACUGUGACUCAGGAGUGGACAAGAGGCUGUCCUUCAUACAAAAAUGACUGGUGCAGGUUAAGGAGCUAAUGUUUAAUAUUUGACUUUAAGUCAUGCAAGUCUCCAAAUUUCAUUUUUAUAAGUUAUGUUCCAUGAAGAAAAAUGUAUGUUCUUUUGAGUGAUCACUCAGUGCCAGAAGGAAUAAUGGCGGUUUCCUGUGCUGGGCUGUCAUCUGCGCACCCUCGUAAAAUCAUGGAGCUGAUGAAGACCUGGUACCCGUGAGCCUGGCCCCUGGGCUGGGGAGCUUAGCCAGUGUUCCGCUUACCCUUUCCCAUUAAAUCACCAACACCGUCUACUCGACCACUUUCCCCGACAGCAUCCGUCUGCGGGACUCCUAAGAAGCAGAGCUGAACAGAUCGACGGAGGAGGAGACACGCUGCCUAAAAUGAGCAGAACAACAGGGACGAAACUAUGGAAGUGAUUAGCUCCGCACUCCCCUGGCUAGGUGGUUCUCCCGGAUGGUGGUGUGCUAGUCAGGUUAGCAUGAGCCUGGGCCUGGUGAGUGCUCCCUGUAGAAGGGCGACAGCAGCCCGCAGCGCUCCCUCCUCUCGAAGGAGUUCACCCAAGAGAAAGCCAUCCGGGAGGGAGGAGGAGCGGCCUCUCGCUCGCUCGGAGGAAAUCCAUGAGCUUCCCUUGUUCUGGGCUCACAGAGGCGGUCACGAGCACUCUCCUGAGUAUUAUAUAAAAGCCAUUUAAUCUGAAUGCCCUUGGAAAAGCUUUUUUUAAGGAAAAAAAAUUUAUAUACAUUUGCUGUUUAAAAUUUUUAUUAAAAAACAAUCUAAAUUUUCUGGGUGUAAGCCCACGGAGUCUGUUGUGCCACGCACCACCUCUACGUCGAUAUUUGGGACGGGAUGGGAUGCUUCAAGGUUCAGCUAUUUUUAACUUAUCUAUAUUUGAGAUCAUGUCAUUUGCUUUAAUGAUGUAAAGUUAUUGCAAGAUGUGUAAAUAUAUUAGAAAAUAGGCAUAAGGAGAGGCAGCAAAUAAUAUUUUAAGCUAUUGUAUGCUAAAAGCUUCUAAAGCACAAGUGCAUAUUUUUAUACAGCUCUUUUCACAAUUCCCCGUGAUCUAAAGUCAAACUUAAAUGUUUUCCUUCCAUCGGCCAGCCUUUCUCUGUGUGAUGGAUAUUAGGAAUUCAGUAAACCAAGUAUCUUAGUUUUACCUUUUCUGUACUCCAUGCCACAUCUUUGAGAGGUAUAUAUAGAGAUGAAGUUAAUUGAAUCAGUAGUUGAUUUUUCCAAAAGAAAAAUAUUUUUCAGAAAACUCAGAAGUGGGAUAUGGGAAGAAAAAAAUGACUUAUCACUACAUAAUGUGCCAAUGUUUUUUUCCCAUGUUUUGUACCAAAAAUGGAAACAUACAAGACAAUUCCAUGCAAAGAAAUGUAUCUAAAUUAUUUUUGUUAGAUGAUAAGAGAACUUGUUUGGUCAGGACAGCAGGCAGCUUCGUAUUCUGAUGCUCUUAUGUAAGUAAAUGUGAUUUAAUGUUUUUGUGAAGUACUUGUAACUAAAUUCCUACAGCCAUUUUUCAUUCCCAACAGCUGUUUUUAUUUUACCUCUUUGGCCUAAACUUUUCAUAAUUUCAAAUUUUGGACUUAGUGUCUUUUAUUUCAUGAAUCACACACUUUGUUUUCAGAACAUAUUAAAAUCAGGAUGGCAAAUCCUGAUAAGAAGCUUCAGAAACUUGCUGGAGGCAAGGGCAAUAUUUUUCUGAACAUCUUGCUUUUAAUUCCAUUUGGUAAGUAACAUUUAUCAGAUUCCUGAUGUUUUCUAUAUAAAAAUAUUACA